CAGGCUAGUCUCGGACGUCUCGGACAACGACCAACGACUCAAGAACUCACCUGACUCUCACCUGAAGAAGAUCGGAACCAAGAGGAACUAGAGGACCACACGAGGAAAGGUAUUAAAACCAUGUCUCAAGGAUUAUAUAACAGAUUUAUACCACAGGAUCACGGUUUGCCUGAAACGUUUCGGUUGUUAAACUACACCAAACUCAAAGGAUGAGGAUGCAAAGUCCCUCAGGAGCAACUGCUCAAGCUCCUUGAGGGACUUGAUCACAAGAGAGGAGAAGGAAAAAUCGGUGUUGGAAUGGACAGUUGUGUUCUUCCCACAAGGCAUAAGGGAUUAAGUCUUGUUCAGACCACGGAUUUCUUCUACCCUCUUGUGAAUGAUCCUUACAUCCAAGGAAAGAUUGCUUGCGCGAAUGUGUUGAGUGAUCUGUACGCCAUGGGAGUUACUGAGUGUGAUAAUAUGUUGAUGUUACUUGGAGUGAGUAGUCAAAUGACACUGAAGGAAAGAGAAGUUGUGACACCAUUAGUGAUCGAAGGAUUCAAUGAUCUGGCAUUAGAAGCUGGUACAACAGUGAACGGAGGACAGACGGUGAUUAAUCCAUGGUUUAUUACUGGUGGAGUUGCUUCCAGUGUUGUCUCCGACAACGAAUUUAUUAUGCCAGAGAGUGCAGUUGCUGGUGAUGUUCUAGUCCUUACAAAACCUCUUGGAACUCAGAUUGCUGUCAAUGCGCACCAGUGGUUGGAGGAUGCUGAUCCCAAAUUUUGGGACAAGAUUAAGGAUGUUGUUACACCUGAAAAAGUAGAAAAAAGCUACCAGAAUGCAGUGGAAUCUAUGUCCAGGUUGAACCGGAAUGCUGCUCGCAUGAUGCACAAGUAUGAUGCACAUGGCGCCACAGAUGUCACUGGAUUUGGAAUUCUUGGACAUGCAAAUAAUUUAGCAAAAAACCAGAAAGGAGAGGUGUCAUUCAAAAUACACACGCUUCCCAUCUUGGCAAACAUGGUGAAGAUUUUUGAGGCUUGUGGUAUUAAUUUCAAAUUACUGGAUGGAUUUUCAGCUGAAACAUCUGGUGGUCUUCUUGUUUGUCUACCACAUGACAAAGCCCAGAGUUACUGUGAUGAGCUUGAAGCUUUAGAUGGAAAACCAUCCUGGAUUAUUGGUGAAGUGGUGCAGGGAAACAGACAGGCCAAGUUGGAGACAGAUAUAAAGAUUAUUGAAGUCUAGGUGUUGUUUGUUAGUGACACUAAAUUAAAAAUAAAUUGAUUGUGUAUGGGGCUUAAGAUUAAGUGUUUUGGAUCAGAAUAUUUGCAUGGGCUAUAAUGCCUAACUCUCUGCCUUGAUGUCCUGUUAUUCAAAGAAAUGUGGUUUUGUAAUUUUUUAAUGAAUUCAAGUUGUUCGAUUUGAUUUUUUGAAAAACAGAUGCUAUCCUUGAUAUCAUAUGAGGUUCUUUGGGUAAAAAGUGACUCCUGAAGAAUGGAUGCUUCAGAUAUCAUGGGAGGUGUACAACAAAAAUAAUAAUAAACAAAAUUAUGGUUUCUGUGCUAAGCCAAUUGCAUGAUAUUUGCUGGGCUCAAAUUUCCUAAGUCACUGUCUUGAAUGGUUCAUAUUUGUGGUAACAAUAUAAGCUUGGCUCUCUAUUUCUUCAGUGAAUACAUGGUGUUUAAUUUGUAUUUGAUAAUUAAAGUGCUAUCAUUGCUGUCAUGUAUGAAGCUUUUGAGGUAAACGUUGUAACCUAAAAAGCUGAUGUUAUAGAUAUGAUGUGAGGCCAGCAUGUUAUUUAAAGAGCUUGAUGAGAGUUCCAAUGAAAGUCACAUUAAUAUUUUGACCCAUUAAAAACAGUGCAAUAGAAUAUUUGCUGUG